CGGGCUAAUUUUUCCGCCCUAGGUCGAGCCUAAUGUAGCCCGACCUAAGUAAACCACCUCUAGGGUUUUUCUCGCAUACCCUGUCCACCCCCUCUCUCUGACUCACUCUCUCUCACUCACUCUCCUAUUCCGCCACGCAGCGCGCUUCUAGCUAGAAACCGAGAGUUUCUGAGCUUGGAACCUCUCGUCACGCAUUACUCUCGUCACCACCGCGCAGCUCUUUCCCUCUUUUCUCCUAACUGAAACUCGCUAAGUUCGGACGGUUGUCGUAAUUCAUCUUCCUCCACUCGUCGACCCAGAUAGCACCCGACCAAGCCGUGGCCGUGGGCCGUCCCUUUCCCAGCGCCCUCGAGCGGCUCUCGUGCUCGCCGCCCCGUGCAGCGGAGCGCGCUCCCUCUCGUCCUCUCCGAGCCCCUUCGUUCUGCCCGGCAUCCCAUCCAUUUCGCCCCCCCUCCCCCUCAUCCGCCUUUUCCCUCUUCUCCCUCCUCCGCUUUCGCCCAUCUUCCCCGUCCCCUCUCUCUUCUUCCCCGUCCCCUCUCUCUUCUUCCCCGUCCCCUCUCUCUUCUUCCCCGUCCCCUCUCUCUUCUUCCCCGUCUCCCCUCCCUCCGUCGUAACCCCCCAGUCUCCCCCCUCCUUCCGCCCUCACUCCCCCCUCCAGUUUCCUGUCCAUCCUCCUCCAUAUUUCCCCUCUCGUCUCGCUUUCCCGCGUCUCCCUCGCUCCGUUUCCCCCCGGUCCUCUCCACUUUCCCGUUGUUUCCCCCCUCCUCUUGUUAUCCCCUUUCCAAAUGGCGGGUGGCUCUGUCGCAGAGCGUCCUACGUGCGAUGGCGGCGAGGGCGAACGACGCCAGCGAAUCAAAACAGUCGCAGCGUGUGAGCUGCGACGGCCUUUAGUGGGCGAAGCGGCGGAGUGCGACGAGAGCGUCGUGGCGGGGCGGCGGUGGGCGGAGCAGCGUGCGGCGAAGGACACAACGCAGGGGGGGGCUGGGGAUGGCGGAGGGGAGGGGAAAGACGAUCAUUCGCGGCGAGUGAAGGCCGCUUUUAUAUACGGCAAUUACAAGCAUUAUUACGGAUACAGGGUAUGGCUGCAGAGAAUGGUUGUCAGUUUAGGCACUUGGCUAGGGCUGGAGGGGUGAAUGUAGGGCCGUGGGCCGUGGCGUGACAACCGUGGAUGGUAGAGAAUAAAGGGCUGAAGCCUAAAACCUAAAAUCGGAAGCCUUGACCCCUGACUAAACCCUAACCCCGAACCCGAAAGCUCAAACCCGUAAAGUACCCUAAACCGCUGAACCGAAGGCUCCUCUCGCCUAUCAUCAUAUCACCUUAUCCUCCAAACGAUCACCUUUCCAUUCCGCCCAGCUGGCGUGGUCAUCCAUGGAGUGUCAUGUCAGCGCUCCACUCGCCCUCUCACAUCCCUCAAAUCUCUCGCAAUGCCUCCAGUUUCUUCCCGUGCCCACUGCCACUGCUCCUGCUGCCAGCCCUGCCGCCCUCUUCCUUUGGAAUUGCGCCUCCUGUGGGAGCGGCGUUUUCAGAGGACCCGCGGGUGCGGUGGUUUCGGCGGGAGUGGUUUGAGGGGCGGGACUGCGUGGACGUGGGGUGCAACUCGGGGUUCAUCUCCAUCGGCCUCGCUCAGUGAGGCAUUUCAGCGUGAAGUCAAUGCUUGGCAUCGACAUCGACAAAGAUCUGAUCAAGGAGGCGAGGAGGCAGUGGGGCAGCGUUGUGAGGGAGGAGAAAGAGAAGGAGCGGGGGGAGGGGGGGAAGGAGGGAGGACAAGAGGUUAAGGGGAACAGGGGCGAGAAAAGGGAGAGGCAAACGGAUGGGGUUGUGGGGUGGAAUGAGGUGGGUGGUGCUGGCGGGGCUUCUAGUGGCCUGGGCGCGGCUCCGCAAGGCAGUGGAGGGAUGGCAGCCGCUGCGGGCAGAGCUGUGGAGGAGGCAGCAGCGGCAGCGGCGCAGGCAGUGGGGGCGGCACGGGGAGCGGGUGGGCGGCCGCGAGUGGUGUUCAGGUGCCUCAACGUGGUGGAGGCGGACAUGCCGCGUGACAGUGCUGACACUGUGCUCUGUCUGAGUGUGACCAAGUGGGUGCAUCUCAACUGGGGCGAUGCGGGCCUCAUCGCGCUCUUCGCCAAUCUCUUCCACAUGCUCCGCCCCGGGGGGGUUCUCAUUCUGGAGCCGCAGCCGUGGAGCUCGUACAAGAAGAAGCACGGACUCACUAAGGAGAGCAGGGAGCACUACAGCAGCAUCAAGAUCUUCCCUGCUCACUUCCGACAGCUGCUGCUCGACAAGAUCGGCUUCCAGCGGGUGGAGGAGCUCACUGCUGCUGUUCCCACUGCGCGCGGCUUUGACCGGCCCUUGUUUGUUUACUACAAGUAGGGCACUCAAGCACUGCACCACGCACUUUAGCGAGAGGCCAAAUAGUGGAGGCGGGCCCCAACUCGAAUGGGUGUUGUUUCCAGCGUGCCUGCAAGUACUCUUGUCAUUACAACAAUGAACAAAAGAAUGUACGGUAGCGACGAGCACCAGCUGUCUGCUAUGCGCCCUUGCUCUCUCAACGGGCAACGACUCUGACCCGAAUGCGUGUGACCAGUGAGUAUGGACGAGAGGCGCUCAAAGAGGGUCCUGCGGCACAAUGUAACAAAUGAAAGGUUGCUUU